GUUCUUUCCCAAGAUGCCUCCCCAGAGGGCUGCAUUGGACGACCAACAACAGAAAAGCUGAGGCUGAGAGAGCAGCUGGCUGUCACCAGCCAGGAGUUCCACAGGCUCUGAGGAAGGCGCCCAGCAGCGGGUCAGGAAAGAGGCAUUCGAGAAGGAAGGAAGAGGUGGUGGCUGGGCUGAGGAGAGGCCCAGGAGGCUGCUGGGCUCCCCGGGAUCUGAGUUCCUAGGUGGGUGGGGACCCCGUCACUGCUCAGCACGCCCGACAGGCGCCCAGCAGGAGCCAGCAGGAGCCCGCAGGAGUCUGGCGCACCAUGGCAGCUGCCAGCUUUGUGCAGGAGAUGCGCUCCAUGGGUGAAAGGUUACUGCUCAAGCUACAGAGGCUGCCCCAGGCCGAGCCCGUGGAGAUCGUGGCCUUCUCGGUCAUCCUCCUUUUCACAGCUACCGUGCUGCUGCUGCUGCUGAUAGCCUGCUGCUGCUGCUGCUGCCCCGAGCGCAGAGGCAGGAAGGUCCAAGUGCGGCCCAUGACCCCACCGUGAGGGACGGAGAGGAGGACGAGACGCUGGAGAGGAGGCUGCCGAAGCCAUGACCCCAGGCGCCACCUGGCCCUGCGGCCCGCAGGCCACCAGACCGCGAUCCCGUGGCCCCAGCUCCGGCCCUGCCCAGGAACCCGCCACCUGCAGCCUCAUCAAGGAAACAAGCGCCGGUUCAGCCCCCAACUCUGACCUGCCGGUGAAUCCUGGGGGCCGAGGACGAGUCAACUGUUUCAAACACCGAGUAAACAUGAACUGGAACUUUCCCAAUCCGCACCUUUUAACAAAACACAGAAGCAGGGUUCCCAUACUCGGACGGAGAACUG